AACGCGAAGCGCGCUAAGUGAAGGCACUGCGCAUGUCCGUGACGUAGCAGGAAACGAGGUGGCUCGUGUUGCCGCUACGUGUGUUCCACAAUGUCUUCAGCAGAUGACCAGCUGCGUCUCAAUACGUCAUCAUCAUCGUCGUCCUCCAAAAGGACCUCAGUCAAAGUCUGCAAGAGGAAGUUGACUUCCUCAAACGAGUGGUGGCGCGGAGGCAAGCAUGCCAGGCUGCAAGAGGCGGGGCCUAGAGCCCCUCCUCCCACGCGCUCUCAGACCCACAGGAAGUCGGACGCAAAGAGCGCCGUCAAGACGUCGUCUCUGUUCAAACACAACCCGGACAUCCCGCAAGUCCACAGACCUGAGGUGUCUCCGUUGAUUGAGAAGAUUUUUACUGCAGACUCCUUCUCAGACUUGAACCUGCACCCCCACCUGGUGGCGACGUUGAAGAAAGUCCUGAAUGUUUUCACACUGACCAGUGUUCAGAAGCAAACCAUCCCUGCUCUCCUGUCGGGACGAGAUGCCGUCGUUCGAUCCCAGACCGGUUCAGGUAAGACACUGUCCUUCGCCGUCCCGCUGGUCCAAGCGCUGCAGGCGUUACAACCGAAGGUCAGCCGCUCGGACGGUCCGCUGGCGGUGCUCAUUGUUCCCACCAGAGAGCUGGCCCUCCAGACCUUCCACACCUUCCAGAAGCUUCUCAAGCCCUUCAUGUGGAUCGUUCCCGGCGUUCUCAUGGGCGGAGAGAAGCGGAAGGCUGAGAAGGCCAGACUCCGAAAGGGAAUCAACAUCCUCAUCUCCACUCCUGGACGUCUGGUGGAUCACAUCAAACACACCCUCAGCAUCGCCUUCAGUGCGGUCCGCUGGCUGGUUCUGGACGAGGCUGACCGGACGUUGGACUUAGGCUUUGAGAAAGACCUGUCAAUCAUUUUAAAUGCUUUGAACUCAACUGGACCAAACAGACAAAAUGUUCUACUGUCAGCAACACUCACACACGGCGUGACUCGUCUAGCAGACGUGUGUUUGAACGACCCAAUUAGCAUCCAUCUUUCUGACCCUGCCCCAAGCAGCCAAUCAGAAAGCUUUGCGGUGCCUCCAGCGCUGAGGCAGUUUGUGGUUCUGGUUCCCAGCAAGGUCCGGCUGGUGUGUCUGGCCGCCUUCGUGCUGGACAAGUGUCAGUUCUCGGAGAACAAGGUGAUGGUGUUCGUGUCGAGCUGCGAGGAGGUGGACUUCCUGCACUCGCUGCUCUCUGGCGUGCUGUUGGCCAAUCGGCAGCCCGGACUGCGCUUCCUGCGUCUCCAUGGCAACAUGCACCAGGAGGAGCGUUGUGAAGUCUUCCAGAACUUCUCGUCUGCUGCGUGUGGGGUUCUGCUGUGCACGGACGUCGCCGCUCGAGGUCUGGACCUCCCUCACGUCACCUGGAUCCUUCAGUACACCCCUCCCAGCACCGCAGCAGAGUACGUCCACCGGGUCGGCCGCACGGCUCGUAUCGGAGCGCGAGGAAGCAGCCUCCUCUUCCUCACUCCUGCAGAGUCUGCCUUCAUCUCGGAGUUGGCCAAUCACAACAUCAGCCUGGCGGAGAUGAAGCUGCUGGACAUCCUGUCCACUCUCAUGAGGGACGACACCUACAAGGGGCGGGGCAAGUACCACAGCAAGGUAGGACACCUUCCUGCAGCACGGUGCUUGGGCUCUUGGGGGCGGGGCUUCCCUGAGAUUGGCGUGUGCACGGAUGUCCCUCAGAGUUCAUCCAAAGCUCGGGAGCAGGAGACGCGCGAGAGAGCCACCGUCCUGCAGACGCACUUUGAGAACUUUGUCCACGCAGACGCCAAGUCGGUGCAGAACGCCAAGAGAGCGCUACAGUCCUACCUGAGGUCGUAUACCAGCUACCCCGCCCACCUCAAGCAUGUCUUCCACAUCCACGCCCUCCACCUGGGCCACGCCGCCAAGAGCUUCGGCCUGCGAGACGCUCCGCAUCACCUUGGCGGCACCGCCCCGCCCAGGAAGCAGAAGACGGAGAGCGCCAGACGUGACGUCAAAAAGAAGAGCGCACGCAGGAAGUUCUGUUCGGGUCACAAGAGCAUCGUUUUGCUCCGGUCAGAGUUCUCCAGUGGCCUGGACGGGCUGAAGAAGAAGAAGAAGAAGGAGGAGGAGGAGGAGGAGGAACUACAGUGAUCACUUGCACAUUCUCUGUCAUGUGACAUUAAAGUGAAAGAUGGUGCCCCUAUUGGCCAAUACAUGCAACAACACCGACAACUUUUUCCUCUUUUAUUAAUAAAUGCAAAUGAUGUCAUCA